GAGACCACACAUCACACACGAGAAACGAACGGUAUCCGUAGUAAGGAAUAUUCUAGCCAAAAAAGCAAGCAAAGCGUCUGGAAACGCAACAGGACGUCGGCAAACCUACCGCAUGGGUGUGGAAUUCUUCAAAUUAAAAAUAUAAUUUUUUUUAUCAAAUUGUCUACCUGGAAUUGCCUCUCCCAUUGGGGACAAUAUAAUCCUCACUAGGCCAAAAAUAAAGGAGAAAGUGCAAAAUGAAGCAGCCAAACAUUUUGGUUACUGGUACUCCUGGUGUGGGUAAGUCUUACCUCAGUCAACGAUUGGCUAAGAAGUUUGGCUUCAAGUGGCAAAAUGUAUCAGACAUCGUCAGCGAAAAUGGAUUUGUCGAAGAGUACGAUGAGGAAUUCGAGUGUCCGGUAUUGGAUGAGGACAAGUUGUUGGACUACCUGGAACCGAUCAUGCAAGAAGGAGGCAACGUGGUUGAAUAUCAUAGUUCAGAGUUCUUUCCACAGCGCUGGUUUGAUGUAGUAUAUGUAGUACGUUGUGGAACUUCGAUACUGUACGAACGACUACAAGCGCGAGGUUAUAAUGAGCACAAGGUGCGAUCUAACAUGGAAUGCGAAAUUUUUCAAAUACCGCUCGAUGAAGCCAAAGACUCCUACCGUAGUGAAAUUAUUUAUGAGUUGCAAAGUGACAAAGAUUCCGAUCUAGAGGAAAACCUUACGAAGGUAAACGAAUGGUUGGAAAACUGGAGAAGCACCAACAUAAGUCAGUAAAAACAAAUCAGGAAAAACAUUGUUUAACUAUAAAAUCGGUUUAGACCGCUUCUGAUUUAUAAAGCCCACCUGAUUCUGCAUGCUACCUUCCGUUUUGGUUAGGUUUGGUGUCGCUAUGCUGUGUUCGGGAAAUUAGAAUGAAAAGUUCGUAAAAGUAAUAUACUGAUCUAUUUUUGGCCUUUUGACUUUGUUAUGCAUAAACAAUUAUUUUUUAACUGAAGAAAUAAAUUAUU